CAUCAACCCUGGUACUGAAUUGUACUUGGAGAUUGAUACAAGGUGAGGUUGUCUGAAGCUCUGAGCUUUUCUCAUUCGGUGCUAACUGUUUAGGAAAGUCGAUUAUCCGAUCAAAUGAGGCUACCUUUAGCCAGUUCCUUAAUCUCUCGAUCGGUGUAUGUAAACCCUUUGCUACAUCCCUGCACACUUCGAAUCUCUGAAUAUGAUGAGGGGUACUCUUAGAGCGCCUGGUGCUUGAGCACUUCAAGACGAUCAUGUCGAUGAACGUGAACGGAAGCGUAUAAUCGCUAAGAUUGCUCACGCAUGCAAAGACUGGGGCGCCUUCCAGCUGGUCAACCAUGGCAUUCAACAGGUCGUGAUAGAGAGGGCCAGAGCUCAAGCUGGCAAGGUCUUUGAACUGCCAGAUGAAACAAGGUUGAAAGCCAAGCGGCCACCGGGGAGUUUGUGUGGAUAUGGGAAUGGAGCCAUCGUCGCAGACGCGUUCAACAGCGAAAUUGCAUCCGAAGCUAUCACCUUUGGGUACCCACAUUCUGAAGCCGACGUAAUUGCUAGCAAGUUCUGGCCUAAAGGCAAUUCCGAUUUCGGGAUAAGCAUGGACGAGUAAAAUGCGGAAUCACAUAAGCUGGCCUUAAAGAUCAUGGAGCUCGUGCUUGAGGGCCUGAAACCUCAGGUUAACUCCGCACAUUUUCAACCCUACUUGACAGAACAGUUCGGAGUUUUAAGAAUCAGCAACUACCCCGCAAGUGAGCAUCCAGAUCGAGACAUCGGGCUUCCACCGCACAUUGAUGAUACACUACUCACCAUAGUGCACCAAGGGUGUGAUGUUAAAGGGCUUGAAUUAAUAAAAGAUGGCCAGUGGGUAAGUGUACCACCUCGAAACGAUGUCAUGAUUGUUCUCAUGGCUGCCGUUUGCGAGGUACAUCCCUGUUCCUCCCAGCUCCUGUCACAUCACUUUGUCGAAAUACUCUGGACUAAUUCCACGCAUGGGUUUGAUGAAGAAUGUGCUACGAUUCCAAAAGAUUUCAGUAACCGAAACAGGAGAACAACAAUAACCAGUUCUAACUUCAUAUCUAAUUAUCUCUUGAGCUUGACAACUGGUCUCUAUGACUUACAGGUGCUCACAAACGCCACCUACAAAGCUGUUCUACAUCGAGCAGUCCCGAAUCAAGGCAAGGGUCGGCUUUCCAUGAUGUAUUCGGCCUACCCUCCAGCCAAUAUCCUCAUCACCACUGCUCCAGAGAAUGUAAGCUCUGCACACCCACCACUGUGUAAACCUUUCACAUGGACAGAGUACCUGUCUGGUCAAGUUAGUGACAUCUUCAACCCCCUUAUUGCUUUUCAACUAGAAGAGAGAAGAAGCUUCGAAUCAAUGUUCAGAAUCAUCAGAAAGCUGCAAAGAACUUCGUCUGGACCAAGAGAUGCGGAGUGAAAUCCGAAGCUACUGACUCGGAGGGUUUGCUGGUUUGUUUUGCUGCCUUAAGAUGUAUUAUGAUAAAUUUUGAAUCGUAGUCGAUAGGUGAUUGUUUCAUCCUUAAAUGUAGACUUGGUAUCACAGAAUUGACAACUCAUGCGAAAUUGUGGCUGACAGAUGUAAUAUUCGUGAUAUCAAUUACACGCAGUUCUCCAAAUGCGUUGGUUCAUUUGAUCUGAAA